GAGACAUGCGUGUGUCCACCUUCUUGUCUAUUGGAACUCUCGGCUCGCCGCAAGGAAAGGAUUUCGCGUUCCACGACCACGUAGACUCCUGAAACGGUGUCAAAAGAUGCAUCUCCUCCUGCUGCUACUGAUAUUAAUCUGGGCGGCUCUUCUUGGGAUACAUCGGUAUCUGAACAGAAAGAGACUCCCCGAAGGCGUUCGUCCUCUUCCGGGGCCAAGAGGACUGCCCUUCAUAGGCCGAGUUCACGACGUGCCUGCCGAGGCAACAUGGCUGAAGUUCUACGAAUGGAGCAAGGUCUACGGGCCCAUCUACCAGAUCGAGAUAUUCGGAGCCGUCCACGUCUGGAUCUCGUCCGAGAGGAUCGCACAUGACCUCCUCUCCAAGAGAAGCCUCAUCUACUCCGACCGGCCCGUGAUUCCCAACCUCCCCGACAACAGGACAAGCGGGGAAUAUCUGGCCCUUCUCGGGAGAACAGGUGACUACACCAAGACAUGGUGGAGUCCUCCCUAUGGCCAGAAGCUGACACAUCCAUCAAUCACAGAUACAUGGAAGCGGCAGCGCAAGCUCUGCAACCAGCUCAUGACCUCCAGCGCCACCGCCUCCCUCCACUCCUACCCCACGCGCGAGCGCGACCGGUUCCUCUACCUCAUGUGGCAAGACCCGAGCAACUACCUCGAGUGGGUCGAGCAGUUCACAAGCAGGACCAUCUCGCGCCUCAGCUGGGGGUCGGCGCACCCGGCGCCGCUCCUCCGGCAGACCACCUUCGGCCUCCUCGAGACCAUCAGCCCGGCCGGCGCCUUGCCCAACGUCAUCAGCUGGCUGGCCCACGUGCCCGAGCGCCUCAGCCCCUGGAAGCGCAAGGAGCGCCGGCGCCACGAGCUCGAGGGCAGGCUGCUCAAGGCCAACGUCGACUUUGUCCGGCGCACCAUGGCCCGCGGCGAGGCGCCGCCGAGCUUCACGCGGUCGUUCCUGGAGAAGGAGGCCUCCUCCUCUCUCGCCAAGGAGGCAGGGGAGGACCGGGGCGGGGAGGAGGAGCAGGAGGAGGAGGAGGCGAUGCUGCCGCCCGGGGAGGCGACCUCGGUUGUGGGGCUGAUGGCCAUCGCCGGGGCGCUGACGGUCGGCAGCCCCAUCCAGAGCUUCAUCCUCGCCAUGUGCCACUACCCGGAGUGGCAGAAGCGCCUGCAGGGGGAGAUAGACGGCGUGCUGGGCGGCCGGUGUCCCGAGUGGGGGGACCGGGAGCACCUGCCGCUGCUGAGGGCCGUGGCGAAGGAGGUCCUCCGGUGGAGGCCGCCUGUCCCGACUGGGAUCCCGCAUGCGAUCGAGAAGGACGAUAUCUAUGAUGGGUACUUCAUACCGGCUGGCGCGACGAUCCACGCCCUGGAAUGGGGCAUAACCCGCGACGAGACAAUCUACCCCGACCCCGAGACCUUCAACCCGGCCCGCUGGCUCUCCCCUUCCUACCCGACCUUCCGCGCGCCCCUGACCCGCCACCCCAACCUCGACGGCUACUCCCAGUUCGGCUUCGGCCGCCGCACCUGCCAGGGCGUCCCCGUCGUCGACCAGGCCCUCCUCCUGUCCCUGGGCGGCCUGGCCUGGGCCUUUGACGUCGUCCGCCGCCGCGACGCCGCGGGCAGAGAGGUCCCCGUCCCGUGGAACGAUUUCACGCCCUUGCUCAUCGCCAAGCCGACGAGAUUCCAGUUUGGUCUUGUGCUGAGGGGCGGGGAGGGGAGGGUGGCGGUUAUGAGGGACAUGUUUGAGAGGGCUUGUGAGGGGGAGGGGAAGGAGGAGGUCGUGCGGGGGGAGGGGGAGUGCUGAAGAGUGAUAAUUUUUUGGGGGGGGAAGGAGGUGCCUGGUGCUUGGGGAUGGAUGGUGGCGUGGGGAUGGCGGGGCUUGAGUUUAACUGCCUUCUGGUAUCUCUUUUCCGGAUGAACUUGUGUUACUAUUAUGGUCGUUUGAGGGUGUCUUUGGCUGCCUGUGUUGUACGAGAUUGAUCGGCAUUCUGUCUUUGGGUGGCGAUAUCUUGCCUGGCUAGCACCUCGUAUCCUCC